UGUGCGGGAAUGACUGAAGACCUAGGAAAUCGGGAUGUCCUAGACCCUAAUUUCCCCAAUCCAUCACUGCGUCUGGGGCUGACUCGCUGCUGGGGAGACACACACAAACUUCUCAUCUUUUCACCCCACUUUGAGAUCCACCAAGCUGCAGGCUGCCAGGGUACAAAUGACAUGGCCAAACUAACCACAUGUAGGCAGAAAAUGAUGAAGAUAAGUCCUUGCUUAAGCAAAGUGCACACACAGAGAAAAAAAAAAAGAAAGCAAAGAAAUAAAGACGGGGCAGGGGGGAAAUGCUGCAGCAAUGUGGGCAGGAAACAGCCCUGCCAGCCUUGGCAGCAUGCAGGACUCAGCCAUGCUCCUCUCUCUUGCCAGGGUCAGGAUAAUGAAUUGUGGCAUUGCUCAAAGUACGGUUUUAUGCACCAGCUCAGGUUGUACUUUUGCACCUGUAAAAGGCAGAUCCCCAGCCUCAGACACAGCUCAUCCGUUUCUUGCAGGGUGGGAGGAGGCAGCAGCACCAGGUGACCUUAGGACUAAGGACCCAAACCAAGAGCCAGAGGCUGGUGAUAACUACCCGCUCCACAGCCAAGGCUCCAGCUCACCAUGCUGAAAUUCAGAAGGUAUUUGAUCAUGAAGUUGAAAGCAAUAUACAGGUGCCAGCCAGGUCGGUACUGGGUCAUCUUCAGCCUCCUCAUCUUCCUCUUGGUCACGCUUCAAGUCAUGGAGAAGCUGCAGCCUCCCAGAAACUGCCAGUGCGAGGUGGACCGUGCCCUGAGGCAGACCAUGGACCAUGGCCAGAAGCUGCUCACCUCUGCCCUCCAGACCCCCAACCCGCUGUGGGAAGACAAUUCCCUGCACUGGCAGAGGAAAACCAUGCCAGACCCCACUUCAACUGAGAGUGUGCAGGACAUUUUUCAGAUGCAUCUGUACUUCAGCCAGGAGACCCCACUGGAAAGCAGCCCAGGCAGUCAAGAGGAGCACUGGAUGUGGCAGCCUGUGGAAAGCAGCAAGAAGGUGAAAGCCCAUCUUUCAUCCAUGAGGCUGAAAUCCCAGCUUCCUGACCUGAGAAAAGCAACCAGAGAGGGUCCUUCUCAAAGUCUUCCUGGGAGGAUCUCCACAGUUUUGGGAGAUGCUGAUGCUGCCACCAGCAAGUUCAUAACCUUUGCAAACAGGAUGACCACAGAGGAGCAGAGCAGAAUGUCACCACCAGGAAUGACACAGGCAGUGGUACAGACCCAGUCACAACCUCAAGCCAUGGGUUUCCCCCACCAUCAGUGGGACAGCUCACUUAAACACACCGUGCCAAAUUCAGCUCAACCUCCACAGGCAGAGGACCUUUACAAGACAGACCUGGAGAAAGGAUUUUUCCCAAGCUGGACAGAAGUCUCUAAGGUUGAAGAGGUGACACCUGGAGAAGGCCACCAGGCCAGAGGGGUGUCCUCUCACAGGGAGAAGUGUGAGCCCAAGACUGACAUUGUCUUCUUGAAAGUCCACAAGAGUGCCAGCAGCACCGUCAUGAAUGUCCUCUUCCGCUUUGGCGAGACGCACAACCUCACCUUCGCCUUCCCCAUCGGGGGUGGCAACCAGCUCUCCUACCCACACCACUUUUUUGCAAGGUUUGUGCAGGGCUUCUCCCCCAGGAGCCCUCAGCGGUUCAACAUCCUCUGCCACCACAUGCGAUUCCUGCAGCCGGAGGUGCAGAAAGUGGUAUCCAGCUCAGCUGUCUACUUCUCCAUCCUGAGGAACCCUGUGCAGCUCAUGGAGUCCUCCUUCACGUACUACAAGGGCGCAUCGGCUUUCUCCCGCGCUCGCAGCCUGGAGGAGUUCCUCAGCCAGCCCUACCACUACUACAACCCUGCAAAGAGUGACAGCCACUAUGCCAAGAACCUCAUGACGUUUGACUUUGGCUUCAACCCCAAUGGAGAGGCCUCCGCUAAGCGGGUGCAACUCAUGCUGAAGGCCAUCGAGGCGUCCUUUGACUUGCUCCUCAUCUCUGAGUACUUCGACGAGUCCAUGGUGCUGCUGAAGGAGAUACUGUGCUGGGACCUGGACAGCGUCGUCUCCUUCCCGCUCAACAUCAGGGACAGCAGCACCAAGUCCCCCCUCUCGGACACCAUCGUGGAGAAGAUAAAGGACUGGAACAGGCUGGACUGGGAAAUCUACACCUACUUCAACAGGACUUUCUGGGAAAGGAUCGACCGAGACAUUGGCAGGGAGCGCAUGCAGCGGGAAGUAAAGGCGCUUCGGGAGAGGCAGGCAGAGCUGGCGAGGACCUGCCUGCAAGGGACGGGCAGCGUGGCCCCGAAGGACAUCAAGGACUCUUCCCUGCAGCCCCUGCAGCAUGGCAAUGCAAAGAUCUUGGGCUAUAACAUCAAGCAGGGCUUGGACAAGGAGAUGGAGCACAUGUGCCGGCGGCUGGUGACCCCGGAGCUGCAGUACAGCAGCGCUCUCUACAAGAAGCAGUUUGCCCGCAAGCCCCACCAGCCCGUUCCAUCUCAGCGGGGCAGUGCCCUGCGGCACAAGCUGGAGGGCACCCAAAACUGAGCCUCCUUUUCCCCUCCAGGCAUCGUUCUCUAGCCGCCUUUGCUGAGGACAGCAAGGUGCUCACCUCCUGUACUCCGGGGCUGCUUCUGCCCCGGAGCAGGGUGCAGCUGCCCACAAGAGCCCCCAGCCACCUCCAUGCAGGACUGCGCACAAGCUCUUGGGUGCUACAUACCGCCGUUGCUGCAGAGCAGGACAGGCUGCAAUGGGGGGGCGGUCCCAGGGGCUCAACACGACAUGACUCUUCCAGGGUAGGUCCUGAGCAAACAGGGCAAAAACCGCCGACUGGCAGCUGAAGCCGUGAAGGAGGCAAUCUGGGGGGGGGUCUGUGCUGCGUAGUACCAACUCCAGUGGCGAGGAGCAGAACCAGGAGGGCAGCCCAAGUCCUCAGCCCCACGACAGAGACUGUAACAGCACAUGGCCAAGCUGUAAAUCAGAGCUGCGGAGCUUGAUUUACAGCUUGGGAACAAGUCUGUCCAGCUGCGACUCUCCUCCACUAUGCCUUAAUGCUACUGUGCUGGA